AGCCAUCAACCAUCAACCAUCACAUUUACAUCUCUACAUUUCUGCUUAAGGUCACACUCACUACUUUCGAGGACGAGAGUCUUCGCUCUCGACAUCGCCGGGCUCUGCACAAGAUGCCUCGAUACUCUCCCGCUCCUCUCCUUACCAACCCUAGACCCUCCACACCUCCGACGCCUCACCGCACCCAUUCCCACCAGGACGGUGGAAACUCACCUGCAACCUCAUUAUUCGGCACCGGUAAUGUCACUCAUGGAGGCAUAUUCUCCAACCCUAUGCAAGGCCAACAGCAGCAGCAGCAGCAGCAGCUGAGCAGCCACACUACCGGAAGCAGCGGUAUCGCAUGGGGUGGUAGCGCCACUGGCAAUCUCUUUCAACAGUCCCAUGCCUCUCUGUCGUCUCCUUCCUCCUCGCAACAUGUUCAAUGGGGAUCCACCCCAUCUGCUCUUCCCGCUUCGAUACAGUGGGGAUCCACUUCCUCCUUCUCAGCUGGGCCGAGCACGGCACAUGUCUCGACACCCUCCUCAUCCACUCAUCACAACGACCCAUUCUCUAGCGCCACUCCCCAGCAUAAUCUCUCACCGUAUAGCUUGCCGGAUAAGACUCGCAAGUCAGAGUCGAAGCGCAAGCGAAUGCAAGAAGAGGACGAGGAUGAAGAAAUGGGAGGACCAACGGUGGCUCUGCAGUCCAGCCCAGAGAGGGGUGGCGGAGGCGGCGGCGAAGGUGGAAUAAGACCGACGAUUGGUGGACAGGGAAGGAACCUUGUGCCGAAGAGGAUCAGAGCUGGUUUGGGAGGAGUGCUAGGCUUAGAUGAAGGCAUAGGACCGGCGUUAGGCUCGAGUUCGACAGCAAAUGCCAGCGCAAAGGGCAGCAAUGUGAAGGAAGAUGAUCAUAAGACCACAAGCAGUACUGUUGAUCUGGGGAAGAUGCUUGCCUCGUUGGACAAACCGAACCUCCUAUCGCUGCUAUCUUCGCUGCUGUCACAACACCCCGAGAUAAUCUCCUCCAUCCAUACUCUCCUGCCUCUUCCAACCCUGGAGUCAGUCAACCAGUCACUCGAUGCCUACGAAGCUGCUAUCAAGUCUGCUCUACCUUUCAAUGCACAGAAUGUAUCUAUUCGAUCUGAAUACACCUGGAAUCGCUUGCGAGGGCCUGUAGGAGAAUUGGUCUCUGGGAUUCAGGGAUGGAUGGACUUCUUUCACGCCAAGGAAGAGCAAGAGAAUGAGAGUGGGGGUGUACAUCCAUCGACGAUGUUUUCCUUGCUACAUACAAUUACGGCGCGAACUAUCAAGAUCCAAAAGGAUCUUCUGCCAACUGUACCUGAUCAGUGGAUUUCAGGUUCCUCGUCUCUGCAUUCCUCUGCUGGAAGAGAUCGGUCUGCAUUAUCAUCGGGUAGCUCUUCGAGUCAGCAAGUGCUUUUCUCUGCGCUUCCUACGGGCCUACUUUCGCCCGCCAACCCUAAUGCUCUGCUUACCACCCUGCUACCCCUUCUUCUCGGAGCCUGGGACGGCCUCUUGGCCCGCAUUGCCAAUGACAUCAAUGGCAAAGGCAAGAUGUUUGGGCGGGAAGUCGUGGUGACUUGGCUAAGAGGCGUCGAGGGCCUUGCGGGCGGAGACAUCGCUGCUUCGAGCUCAGGAGAGAGCGAAGAGGAUGGUCAGCGACUGGAAGUAUUGCGAGCUGUGCAGAAGUCGCUGAAGGGAGUGGAAGCCGACUUCAAGCGGGAGAUUGGGUGGGUGGUGGGUCUGUUUUGAGUGCGGUAUUGGAGGAGUAGGGCGUCCUCCUGGAGCAUUGGUCAUUUCUGUGUUUCACCUUGAGUUUCCGUACCCACAUUUUGAUAUCCCCGUCUCUCCUAUGAGAGCAUCUCAACGCAUCAAUCAUUGUUUCUUCAC